UAUGCUUCGUUGUUUAUGCCGCUGUCAUUCCCGGUGUUGUAGAGAAAAUAAUCUAUUUUUGUGCUGGUUAUGAGUUGAUGAGAAAAAUGCUCAAAUUUUAGUUGUAAACAACUGUUGUUCGUUACGUAUCGAAGUGUAAGGUAUAAACUAACUAACUAGGAAUGCUCCCUGAAACACUGGUGUUCGGAAUAGCUCUACUGCUGACGGGUUUAAUACUAUUUUUGCUGAUUUAUUUUGUAAUCAUCCUGUCCGAUUUGGAAUGUGAUCAUCUGAAUGCUCAACAAUGCUGUUCCAAGCUGAACUGCUGGGUGGUUCCGAAGAUUGCAGGUCACUGCUUCGUUGCAUUCGUUUUGCUGCUUAACGGAAGUUGGAUUCUAUUUUUGGCUAAUAUUCCGAUGCUAGGCUGGCUGUUUUGGGACCUGUACAAAGUGCCUGCCGGGAAUCUUGGAAUCUAUGAUCCGGCAGAGAUUCAUAAUCGUGGUAUGGUGAAGAAGCAUCUCCGGGACACGAUGAUCGGGUUGGGUUUUUAUAUGAUCAUAUUUUUCGUAUAUUUGUAUUGUAUGAUAAUCGCUUUACUGAAAGGAGACCCAAUCCGACGACACGAAGAAGAUGAAUUUGUGACGGAUUUCUAGCCCAUCAUUAACGGCCUUGGUCCGACGGUUCGAAAACGAUUUAGACUUUAGGGAUUGUGAUUCUCAUUUUGACUAAGUUAAAUUAAGUUAACGCAUAGGAUAGGUCUAGCAAGAAACAAAUUGACCAUAGUUACGACAACUAUCGAUGGUUUUUCAGGAGUGUUAAUCGCAUUUUUAGAUUUUAACAUAUGACGUGCUUGGAAACAUGAUCUAUUGAAUGAAAGUAGACAUUUCAUUAGGAUCACAUCAAGUUCUGUGUUUAGGUGUAUACUUAACAACGGCAAUGAUAUUAAAUACUGCUCUAUCGACAGUAAUUGCCAAUGAUCAUAACUAGUAUUGAUGUGCAAAGAACCCGGAUUGAUGGUCAAAAUGCACACCUAGGAAUAUGUUUUUUUAGUUCCUAAAGUUUCUCUUGAGCUUUCUUUUUUUGUUCUUAAGGCAAUGAUAAUGAUGUGACACAUUCUCCGACAAAAUUAUAAUAUGACAUUUAAAUAUACGACGUAUUUGAAUUACAACUCUUGUUUCCGUUGUACUGUCAACUAUUUUAGCAGGUCCACUGAUUGGAUAUUCCUUAUAGUGCAAUUUGACAAGUGACUGCUCAUCUACAAUAAACUUUGCGUUGUAUGAAGACCCACAAUGGAGUGAAUUGUCGAACUCAGCUAACAGUUCCUCUACCACAGAAAUAUUAUCAAUUUCCUAGCACCAACCUUAAGAAACUGACUGACUUAGGUCAAUCGCGAAGGGCUAGGUAGAUGUAGAUAUAUGAUGUAUGUAUAAGAUGUCUUGUAGAUAGUAUUUUCGGUCUCAUUUUUAGGGUGUUUCAUUUAUCUUCUUUCGAUGUGUUUCUUGUAGAUUAAUGUGUUGAGAAUGAUAUAAAUUCCCGUCGGGGGCAUGUUUCACAAGUUUACCUUGCUAUAGCCUCACAUUUUGGGCUUUGCAAUCUAAUGUCUCAUCUAAACAUCAUCAGGGAGUUCAGUGUUAAAAUAAUGAUUAGCUGAUUAAAAAAAUUUCGAUCAUAUAGUGCAUUUUACUGUCUUUUCAAAGCUGAAAUUGUCAGGAUUCAGUGAAACAUUUUGAAAAAAAAUCUUCAACUAUUAAUUUUCUUCCGAAUGAUUAUUACAGAAAAUCACAUUACAUCCUGACAUAUUUCGAACCAAAAAUAAUUAUUAAUACAAUUUUUUGCAAUACGCAUUAAAGUUUAAUCAGCUAAAUAAUUGGUUAUAACAACUGAAAUGCUAUGUUAUUUCACUGCAGUAAAAUUUCCAAAUCAACAAUUACGUUAGUUGUUACAAUACAGGCACCUGUGCAGGGUGUAUGUCGUUGCUCAGUUGUAACGUUCCAUCACCCGUUUGUGACGAGUGUCAUAGUUUGAUUGUUAUGUAUGUCAUUGCAAAGCUGCCUGCAUGGUCAAUAAAAAGUGAUAGUUUAGAAAAUACAUCCAAUUUUAUUGCUGCUUUUAACCAAUCAAAUUUAGAAAAAUAUCCAAUAUGUUAUUUUGCGAUCGUGGGCUUUUCCGUGUAUUGGCAGUUGUCUCACAUAUGUUUGUCACGCUGCUCUAAUGUUCGCUGGUGUUUGUUAUUUCGGCUGCAAUACCCGAUCAGAAAACACUAUCAGAAUUAAAUUAAAAUUGUAGCUCGUUUCGAUUUUUACACAAACAUAGUUAUAGGAUACAGAUGUAGUUUUCCAGUUCAUAGAUAAUUCUAUUUAAAUUGCAAAUUGACAAAAUUUGAGUUAUAA